UUCCCCUAUUGUGUAUCCCUCCGCGGCUCGCUGUCACAGGAACUACGGCGCAUUCGGGACAGUCCACUCUAAUUCACAACAACGCAAUGCACGUAGUUGUGACCGCAAUUCUAUCGCUUGUGGCGGUAGUUGGGAUUGUAGAAUGUGAGCCUGGGAAUUCACGUAACAUUCCCCGAGUUCUGUACUGUCCGGCGAAGUGCGAGUGUUCCCGGGAGAAAAUUGCUGGAGAAUUAUCUACAGGCAUUCUCGUAAACUGCACUGGAAGACGACUGAGGAAUUUCCCUCUUCCCUUACCACCUAGGACUUCUACAUUGUUGCUAAAUGACAACAGAUUGUCGCUGCUACGAUAUGACUUCUUCUUGGGGCUUAAUAACAUCAGAACACUAGAUCUUUCAGGAAAUCGCUUCUCGAAAAUCCGGUUUAACACGUUUGGGUACCUGCCAGGCAUGAAGAAACUGAAUCUCAGGCGAAAUGGAAUCAAGGAAAUAGAGUUUGGUGCAUUCAGGAAUUUGACUGCACUUGAGUCUUUGAUUCUUUCUAAGAACAAGCUUAGACGUCUAACGUACGCCAUGUUUGAUACCUUGAGCUACUUGAGACUAUUAGAUUUGAGCCAAAACGGCAUCAAUGACGUUCAGCCCGGGGCCUUUGUUGGUCUGAAAAGCUUAUCGUCAUUACUCCUCAAUGAUAACUUGCUCACUUCAAUUCCAUCGCAUUUGCUGCCAGAUCUGUACAGCUUAAAAUCCCUAUAUUUAUAUCGGAACCGUAUUUCUGAGAUUGGACCCAACGCUUUCGAAAGAUUGACUGCUUUACAAGUUUUAUCUCUGGUCGAUAAUCGCCUGACAGGUUUGACUAGAUCGAUGUUCAGUGGACUAAAGUCACUGAGAGAGCUAUAUCUACAGCGAAACCAGAUACAGGAUAUCGAACCUUGGACUUUCACGUCACUGAAAUCUCUUGCCUCGUUAUAUAUGUAUUCAAACUCUCUGAAAAAAGUGGAGAAGAACAUGUUUGCUGACCUCAAGGCUCUGCGAGUGUUGCACCUGGGUAUAAAUACCAUUCAGUAUAUUAUAGACGGAUCUUUCAGAGACCUCGGAAACUUACUCACCUUAUAUCUUGACUCUAAUCAGCUGACCGUCAUAUCACGUGACACCCUCCUGGGAUUGACAAACGUCAAAGACAUUCAUGUAUACUUUAACAAGCUCCGUUAUGUGGCAAGGGACGCCUUUAAGCCGAAUCCACAGCUUACUCGAAUUGUUUGGGACGUCCCCGCUCUCUUUCGUCGAACAAGGCCGGAGUUCGCCAACAUGGUUGGCAACAUGCUUCACUGUGACUGCAAUGCAUUGUGGUUUCGCGAUUGGUUGAUUUCACAUGCGUACACGAGAGAUGUCACGUGUCAGACGCCUCCCCGCCUCAAGGGCGUCUUGCUUGGCAACCUCAAUGAUUCGGACAUCAAAUGCGACCCCGUGGUGGUGACCGUUAGUCCCAAGAAGAAAUUGGUGCGAGAAUGGGAGAGUGUCGAGCUUUACUGUAACGUCAAUACAGGCGCCGUGUACACGUGGACGGUAAACGGCAGUGCCGUUGUCCUUGAUGAUCUCCACACCAUCAAUCCUCUUGGCACACUGCAAAUCGCUUCUGUUAGUAAACUGCGUGAUGUAGGGGAGUAUGUGUGCAUCGCAAGGAACGCAGCGGGCUUCGGCGCGGCUUCACUUGAACUCUACAUCGGUGUUCGUCCAAAGUUCAAGACGUUACCGGUCCCAGUUGAGGCAGACGAGCCGGGUAAACCUGUUUUAUUUAAGUGCAGCGCCGAUGGUUACCCGAAUCCGACCAUAAGCUGGAAGCGAGACGGGCUCCUCAUCACAAGCUCGUCCACCAGUAACUCGCAGUACCAGGUCACCAAUGAAGGGGCUCUGCUGUACCACGGGAAAAAGCACUUUAUUACAAAGGAGGGGUCCUUGAUCAUAUUUGACCCCAGUGAAGAUGACGAGGGCUCUUAUACGUGCGAGGCUGCGAACGAAGUCGGAAAAGCGAUCCAUAGGAUAACACUCUAUGUCGACAUCAGUGACAAAUGUCGAUGCAACAGAGGAGGGGUGUGUCGUGCGAAGACGUACCGAUGCGAGUGUACCACAGGGUUCCAUAGGAUCGGCGAUCAAUGCGAGGAAGAUUAUAAGCCAACUGCUAAACCAAUACAAAAGCGCAAACUGCCGACAGGACAAGGCUCGGGAGAUGUCUCCGGCGGGAAUUCGGGCUCUGCCGAGUCGGGAUCGGGCUCCGUCGUAAUUGACAAACAAAAGCCUGAAGUCUCCGGAGAAGCUUCGGGUGAUGGAUUGGGAGGAACCGAGAAUUCAGGAUCUGGCACGUCUAAAUUCGGAGAGAGUUCCGGAGAGGGUUCGGGCAGAAAAAGCUCUUCGGGAGAUGGCGAGAAGAAGACGGAAAUUAACAAGUUAAAACCACCUAUUGAUCAAGAGGAAUCUGGGGAUGAGAUUCCCACGCGGCCAAGUGUGCACAGGAAGACGACUCAUAGACACACACCAACUCGAUCUGCUACUGUAGAACGUAUAGAUCAAGAGUCAGGGGAGGGGUCUGGAGAUGAGUCUGGUUUCCAGCCCACAACACGGCCAAAAAUAGCCCACAGGAAGUCCACGCGGCAUUAUUGGAAAAAUAGACCGACACAACCUGUAACUAGCGAUGAGUCUGGAGAAGAGUCUGGUUACCAGCCUACAACAAGGCCUUAUAUUUACCACAGGACUCCCACAUUACAUUCUAGUAAACUCCGGCCUACUACCCUGGCUGUGGUGGCAAUAACUGAGAAAAAACACGAAGCGUCCGGGGAUGGCCAGUCGGACGGAAGUGCGAGUGGUCAAUCGGACGAAAGCGGGAGUGGGCAUCCUCAUAAAAGAGAAAGGACACGGAGAGAUGAGCAAAUGGACUGGGUACCAGUUGAGCCCGAGAUCUAUUUCGAAAGGAACGAAAGCUAAAGAUUCUCAUAAACAGACGAACAACAAUCUCAAAUAUUUCAAGACUCGAAGCAACGGAACUAACCAGAGUUCGGAUUAAUUAAACGAGUUUAUUAAAGUUAGGAACAUCUCGAUGCCACUUUUACGUUCUGGUUUAGCCACAUCUAUAAUGUGUAAUCUCGACUAGUUUAUCUAGUGUUAAAUGAUUGGAUCUCAUUUGUGGAACGUGCAUUAGCCAAAAGGAUAUCAUUCUAUGCCUUCACAAUUCGUCCAUUUAAAACAGUUUUGAGCUUCAAAAACGGAAACAUUUUGUAAGCCGUAACUUUCACAGCCAAACCAAACAUAAAAAAGCUAUGUUAAGAAGUAUAGUCUUUGAAGAAUUCUUAAUCAAUUCAUACUAAUAUAUAAGUUAUAUUUUCAAAAAAAAAAAGAAACAAAUUUUGCAGUUAUUGCUUAUCAUUAUAACAUUUUUCUAUCAGCCAUGACAUUAGUGAAUCGUGUGCUCUUAUUUGUAAGCACAUGGGCACGCACCAUAUUUUAGCAUUUUCAUCUGAAUAUUGUAAACCUUUAAGCCAUAAGAAUCCAGGGAUUCCGUUCAUGAUAAAAUCAGUUUCAUAUCCAG